AUGUCGCUCUCUGCAGAAUACCUUCACGGCAUCGACCAUUCCGACCCUCCUACCGACGAUGACCUAGACCUCGAAGAGCUCGAUUCAGAAACUACAAGGUAUCGCCAAGGGUCGAGGACAAGUCGAGACUAUAAUAGACAAGGCGAUGGCUACGGGGCUCGAAUAGCUUUAAGAAACCUGCGCACUCGCAAGAGGAACCGGCUGUGGAGUCGAGAACAUCAAGGGGCGGAGCAUGACCUUGACAGUUUAUUUGAUGACCGGGAUGAUAUCGCUUUCAAUUCGCACGAGGAUGACGCCCCUCUUUUGAGUGGACAGAGAAGAAGUAACACAUCCUUUGAUGACCGUCGUUCGGCCAAGUCUCGACUUCCCAGUUUCCGCUCCAACGCACCGUCGCGGACUUCGGAUGCACCAUCAAGCUCUGCGGCUGCACGAGAGGUUCUGGUCGGCCAGACACAACACCUAAAGUUCCCAGCGAAUGCGGUCUCAAACGCCAAAUAUACCCCGUGGAGCUUUCUUCCACGUACCCUUUAUAAUGAAUUUUCGUUCUUCUUCAACCUGUACUUCUUGCUCGUGGCGCUCUCACAAGUCGUACCCGUCCUUCGAAUUGGCUAUAUGUCAUCCUAUAUUGCUCCUCUGGCUUUCGUUGUCUCUAUAUCCUUGGGUAAAGAAGCCUGGGAUGAUAUUGACCGAAGAAGAAGGGAUGCCGAAGCAAAUGCCGAAGAGUUUACUGUUUUGUCUUUUGGGCCACCUGCUGCAGGGAAUUCGAGGAAUAUGCCAGACUCAAGGCUUAGUGAAAAUAUUUACGAAAUUACGAAGAAGUCGCGAGAUUUGAAAGUCGGGGAAGUGCUGAAGAUCAAGAAAGACCAACGACUGCCCGCAGAUGUUGUCAUUUUGAAAAGUACGGUAACGGAAUCGACUGUGCAGCCAGAAGUUGUUGACGCACUUCAGGCACUUGAUGUCGACCUCCUUGAGGCAAGCUCGGGAGCUCCCUCAGCAAACGAUCGUGCGGAUGGAGAGGUAGGAAAUACGGAGGAAGCAGUUCAAGCCAGUGGCGCCAGUGAUACCUUUAUACGCACCGAUCAGCUUGAUGGAGAGACCGAUUGGAAACUUCGACUUCCUGCAACCCUUUCUCAAACACUUGACUUGCGUGAUUUGCAACGCUUAAAAGUUCACGCCAGCGCCCCCGACAAGCGUAUCAACGAGUUCAUAGGCAAAAUCGAAUUGCUCCCCCCUCUGUACAGUUCAUAUGAUCCUCCCGUCAGCAAGCCCACGACUCCAGAAAACGGCGACUCAAACGAAAAUGCCGAAGUUGAAAGUGACACCAAGUCUGCACCGUUGAGCAUAGACAAUACUGCCUGGGCCAACACUGUGCUUGCAUCAAAUACCAUCACAUUUGCAGUCAUCAUAUAUACUGGAUCCCAGACUAGGUCCGCAAUGUCAAUAUCACCAUCGAGGUCCAAAAUCGGCCUACUUGAAUACGAGAUCAACAACCUUACAAAAAUAUUGUGCGUGCUGACAUUUUUGUUAUCGAUAGUCCUGGUAGCACUUGAAGGUUUCCAACCAACGAAUGACAAGAAGUGGUACGUUGCCAUAAUGAUUUACUUGAUUCUGUAUUCAACAAUCAUCCCUAUGAGUUUGCGGGUGAAUCUCGAUAUGGCAAAAACUAUAUACGGCAGAUUCAUAGAACGUGACCUCGAUAUCCCUGGGACUGUUGUCAGGACGAGCACAAUACCCGAGGACCUAGGUCGCAUUGAGUAUUUGCUUUCCGAUAAGACGGGUACGCUGACGCAGAAUGAGAUGGAAUUGAAGAAAAUUCAUGUUGGCACCGUUUCGUAUGCCAACGAAGCUAUGGACGAAGUUGCAUCAUAUAUCAAACAAGGUUUCGCUAUAUCUGAUAGCAGUCGUCAGUCUCUAAUUACACCAUCAACAGUUUUCGGUGCCCAAGUUGGUACCGGGGCUGCCACCCGAACGAGGAGAGAAAUUGGUACUCGAGUAAGGGACUUGUUACUAGCUCUGGCUCUAUGCCACAAUGUCACCCCAACCACAGACCAGGAAGACGGACGCAGAGUUAUCAAUUAUCAGGCUUCAUCUCCUGAUGAGAUUGCUAUUGUCAAGUACACUGAGGAGGUCGGACUUCGUGUAGCUUACCGUGACCGCAAAACCAUCUUGCUCGAGUCAACAAGUACAAACAAACUCGUCGUCCGGGUCCAGAUUUUAGAAGUUUUUCCUUUUACAUCGGAAAGCAAACGUAUGGGCAUCAUUGUCCAAUUCGACCACGGCACAACGGGCACAGCAUCUUCAGACUCUGAGCCUGAGAUCUGGUUUUACCAAAAAGGAGCAGACACAGUUAUGUCAUCUAUCGUUGCAGCGAAUGACUGGCUAGAUGAAGAAACUGCUAAUAUGGCAAGAGAAGGAUUGCGUACAUUGGUUGUUGGUCGGCGAAAACUUUCUCUGGAACAGUAUCGUGGCUUCACCGCUGCAUACAAGGAGGCCUCUAUGGCGUUACAGGACCGCGACGCUGGAAUGGCAAAAGUUGUUGGUGGAUUCCUUGAGCGUGAUCUUGAGCUUUUAGGAGUUACCGGUGUAGAAGACCGUCUUCAGCGAGACGUGAAGCCAUCUCUUGAAUUACUUCGAAACGCCGGAGUCAGGGUGUGGAUGUUGACUGGAGAUAAAGUCGAAACAGCAAGAUGUGUAGCAAUUUCCGCCAAACUUGUUGCUCGAGGUCAAUACAUUCACACCGUUUCCAAACUAAAAGAAAAAGCAGCAGCUCUCGAGACGCUGGAUUUUCUCCGACAUAAGACCGAUGCUUGUCUUUUGAUUGAUGGAGAAUCUCUAUCUCUAAUGCUCGGCCAGUUUCGGUCUGCAUUCAUCACCGUAGCAGUCACUCUUCCUGCUGUGGUUGCUUGUCGAUGUUCUCCAACCCAGAAAGCAGAAGUUGCAGAGUUGAUUCGACAACAUACUAAGAAAAGAGUCUGCUGUAUUGGCGAUGGGGGUAACGAUGUAUCCAUGAUUCAGGCUGCCGACGUUGGCAUUGGUAUUGUUGGGAAAGAGGGUCGACAAGCCUCUUUGGCCGCAGAUUUCAGCAUUACGCAAUUCCACCACAUCACCAAACUGCUAGUCUGGCACGGUCGCAACUCUUACAAGAGAUCGGCCAAACUAGGCCAAUUCAUCAUGCACCGUGGUCUGAUCAUCAGUGCGUGUCAGACCAUGUACAGUAUCGCCAGUCAUUUUGAUCCUAAAGGCUUGUUCAUCAACUGGCUAAUGGUCGGCUACGCAACUGUAUACACAAAUGCACCGGUGUUUUCUCUUGUCCUCGAUAAAGAUGUCGACGAAGAGCUGGCCAACCUAUACCCCGAACUAUACAAAGAAUUAAAGAGCGGCCGCAGCUUAAGCUACCAAUCAUUCUUUGGAUGGGUCUUUAUCUCUGUCUACCAGGGUUCCGUUAUCCAAGGCCUGUCCCAACUCCUCUUGAAUACGACUACUGGCAAACGUCUCAUCAGCGUUUCAUUCACAACUCUGAUUCUGAACGAGCUACUUAUGGUCGCCAUCGCCGUUACAACCUGGCAUCCCAUUAUGAUAUUCUGCAUCGUCGGGACGGCGUUAGUCUAUGCAGCCAGUAUUCCAUUUUUAGGAGACUAUUUUGAUUUGGAGUUUAUUAUUACAGUAGACUGGCUUUGGCGUGUUGUUGCCGUAUGCGCUGUUUCUGUGAUACCUGUAUGGGUGGGCAAGGUCAUCAAACGAUCUUGGAAGCCUCCAAGCUAUCGCAAGGUGCAAGGAUAA